CUGUUAAACGGUCUGGAAAACACCCGGCUGUUGGAGGGCGAGGCCGCCCUCUUUUGUUUCCGCCACACCUCCCGUCUGCGCGUGUUUAAAAUUUCAUUGGAAGCCAAAACGUGCAGCUCAGGUGUCCCCGUCAGAGGGAGGUCAGGGGAUCAAUUAUCAGCAGACAUGUACAGUUUUGUGGCCAAAGAAAUAGACUAUGCAAGCUACUUCCAGACACUGAUAGAGGUCCAGGCGGAGUACCACAGGAAGUCUCUGGAGCUUCUGCAGAGCGUCCUGCCACAGAUCAAAGCCCAUCAAGAGACCUGGGUGGAGAAGCCGUGCUACGGGAAACCAUUAGAGGAGCACUUAGCGCUCAGCGGGAGAGAUAUUGCCUUUCCCAUCGAGGCCUGUGUCACCAUGCUGCUGGAGUGCGGCAUGCAGGAAGAGGGUUUGUUCAGAAUCGCGCCCUCGGCCUCCAAACUGAAGAAGCUGAAGGCGUCUCUGGACUGUGGAGUUUUAGACGUCCAGGAGUACUCAGCAGACCCGCACGCCAUCGCAGGUGCUUUGAAGUCGUACCUGCGUGAGCUCCCAGAGCCGCUCAUGACCUUUGAACUCUACAACGACUGGAUCCAGGCCUCCAACAUUCAGGACCCGGAGAGGCGUCUGCAGGCUCUGCUGUGCGCCUGCGAAAAGCUUCCCCCCGCCAACAACAACAACUUCAAGUACUUGAUCAAGUUCCUCUCCAAGCUGACCGAAUACCAGGAUGUGAACAAGAUGACCCCCGGGAACAUCGCCAUCGUCCUCGGACCCAACCUGCUCUGGACUCACAGCGAAGGAAACAUCACAGAGAUGAUGACGACCGUCUCCCUGCAGAUCGUCGGCAUCAUCGAGCCCGUCAUCCAGCACGCCGAGUGGUUUUUCCCCGGAGAAAUCGAGUUCAACGUGACGGGGAACUACGGCAGCCCCGUGCACACCAACCACAACGCCAACUACAGCUGCAUGCCGUCCCCCGACCCGGAGCCCAGCGACCGGCGGCCCGACCACGGCCGCCGCCCGCUCAGCGUGGCCACCGACAACAUGAUGCUGGAGUUCUACAAGAAGGACGGGUAG